AUGGAUUCCAAUCCAUCUACUGGAACCUCAAAGUUUGUUGAUCUACUUAAUAGUCAACAAACUGUUUUCUUUGGUAACAAUGAAGAUAGUGUUGAACUAUCUUCAUCGCAAGUUCUUUUCCUAGGCAGUAAACGUAACGAAGCCUCAAGUCAUGCAGCGGAAAAAGAACGACAGAAAUGGACACCACAAGAUGAUAUUGUCCUCAUCAGCUCGUGGUUAAACACGAGCAAAGAUGUUGUGGUUGGCAACGACCAAAAAGCAGGGAGGUUUUGGGCUAGAGUUUCUGCCUACUUUGAGUUCUCUGGAGCGUAUGAUGCUGCUACUAGGGAGAAAAGUAGUGGGCAAAAUGAGAAUGAUGUUGUCAAAUUAACUCAUCAAAUAUUCUACAACAAUCAUCAGAAGAGAUUCACUCUAGAACACGCAUGGAAGGAGCUAAGAAACGACCAGAAGUGGUGUGACCUUACUUCUGCUAAAAACGAUGGGAGUUCAAAGAAGAGGAAGUGUGAGGAUCCUGCAGAUUCAUCAACCUAUGAAGCCACUGAUAGCAAGCGUCCCCCGGGUGUUAAGGCCGCAAAGGCGACUGGUAAGAACAAAGAAGUACAGCAGCAUACUAUGAAUGAGUUUCAGAAUAUGUGGACAAUCAGAGAGAAGGAUAUGGCAGUGAAAGAACGUAUGGCUAAGAUGAGUCUGCUUGAGGGUCUCAUUGGGAGAACAGAGGGUCUAGAUGAGGAGGAAAAACUUCUCAAGAAGAAGCUCAUCACUGACGUUAUGUCUAGUUAG